UGCAUAUCGUUCCGUACUCCUUGCGAGCUAACCAGCACGAAUGGCUGCUGUUCUCCACGCAAUGAAGCACAAAACCACUCUUGCUACCGCAUAGCUUACUCUCCUUUGACACCUUUGGCCGGUCCGAAGCCAUGUAUCACCUCAGCAAUCUGGUGCAGAAGGCCCAGCAGUACAUCGAGCCCACGCUCAACACCAUCGCUGCGCCUGCAACCACCGACCGUAGGCCUUCGAAAUCCACCCUCUUCCGCUAUCAAUUCCGCCUUCCUGACUCGCAAAACCCGCUCCAAGAGAUCACCGCUGAACUUACACUGCAGCCCCACCAUUCUACGAGGGGCACCGGCGACGUCACAUCCGAGAAGGAGCGCAGCCAGGGCAAUCACUAUGUGGGCAAGCUGCACCUCAGCGAGCAGUAUCUCUGUUUCUCGACCCAAGGCUCGAGCUUUGUCAGCACCGCCAGCUCAAGCGCUUCUAGCAGCUUCACCGGGCAGACGCAUGGAGCAGGCCCAGCGGGAAACGGCUUCACACUGCCGUUAUGCGGCAUCCGCAGGGUAGAACGGCUGCAUAGUCAAAGCUACAUGUUUGCUCUAGCUAUAACGACGUGGAAUGGCGUUCCAGACUCAAAAUCGCAGGCGCCUGCAGGCCAGAAGCUUACGAUCCAGCUUGCCGGGUCGCGACAAGCCUGUGAGCGCUUCUGCGAUAGCCUCAAGAAAGGAUUGAGGGAGGGCGUCAAAGAGGUGGAGAACUUGCGGAGAGUGGUCGGCCACUGCUACUCUGAAUACUUGCUCUCUGACGCCGACGUCAAGAAGGCGGCGGGAGACGAUGCGAAACCACAGCGGGAGCAUCCGGAUACCGGCCUAGGCAUGGUGUUCCGGUAUCCGGGCAAUGCUCGAAAGCUGAGGGAUGCGACUAAGAUACGACUAUGGCGCGAAUAUCUGCGAGACAAUGGACGAAGCGCAACCCUCAUUCGCCAACCCACUUUCCACAAGCUCAUCCGCGUCGGACUACCUAAUCGAUUACGAGGCGAGAUGUGGGAGCUCACAUCAGGAGCGUUCUUCCUGCGCCUACAGAGUCCAAACCUAUACACCGAAACCCUAGCAAAGUUCUCAGGACGGGAGUCCCUUGCCAUCGACGAGAUCGAGAAGGACUUGAACAGAAGCUUGCCGGAGUAUCCAGGCUUCCAAAGCGAAGAGGGCAUCGGUCGGCUGCGGAGGGUCUUGACUGCGUACAGCUGGACAAACGAAGAGGUUGGCUACUGCCAGGCAAUGAACAUUGUUGUAGCAGCUUUGUUGAUAUAUCUGUCCGAAAGCCAGGCGUUCUACCUGCUCUCUGUGCUGUGUGAUCGCCUCCUACCAGGUUACUACUCACAAACCAUGUACGGGACCCUGCUGGAUCAAAAAGUGUUCGAGUCGCUCGUGGAAAAGACUAUGCCCAUAUUAUGGGACCAUUUGGUGAAGUCCGAUGUUCAGCUAUCCGUUGUUUCACUACCUUGGUUUCUUUCGCUCUAUAUCAACUCAAUGCCCCUGAUAUUUGCUUUUCGCGUUCUAGACGUCUUCUUUCUUGAAGGUCCCAAGGUACUAUUCCAAAUUGGGCUUGCCAUUCUCCGAAUCAACGGUGAAGAGCUGCUUGAUGCUACCGACGACGGCUCCUUCAUCUCCGUUUUGAAGACCUAUUUUUCAAGGCUAGAUGAGUCUGCCCACCCGAAAUCGGAGAACCCCAAGCUGCGAGCCGUCACGCGGUUCCAAGAGCUUAUGGUAGUAGCAUUCAAGGAGUUUGCCGGCAUCACCCAGAACACUAUAUCAGAACAACGGGCGAAACAUAAAGACGCAGUUCUCGAAAACAUCGAAAGCUUCGCUAAGCGCACAUCAAUCAGAAAUCUUGGUCCAGAAAGCAAAAAGCUGAGUGUAAAUGAUCUAGGAUUUCUAUACGACAAGUUCUACGCUGUUUUGUAUGAGCGACAACAAAGAGCAGAGAUCAUGCAGCAGGAGGCGGAGAGGAAAGCAAAGGCUAGUAGAAUGAAAGCGACCGAGAUAGUCACUGGCCAUUCGGGCAAUAGCGCAGAGAAAGGAAGGGUAGCGGUUGGACUGAGUCCGACCCAGAUGGACUAUGAUGCCUUUAGAGAGUUUUUAGCUGGAAUCGCUAAGUGGGCGAUUACUGACUCUCCAAGCUCUUCACCGGAAGUCAAUGGCAGCCAAUCUCCACAUUCAUAUUUCGGAAAUAGCACAAGAGGUCGACCCCCUAUGUCUCCAUGGGGAUCCGGCCCUGAACCAGCAGAACACGAAUUCAUGCGACGACUGUUCCGAAGAUGGGAUGCCGACAUGACGGACUCACUAUCUUUACAGAACGUAGUAACGGGCUUCGCGCAUGUCAAAGGCACAAAGGACAUCAUGUCUAAUAUUAGCUAUUUCUUUGAGCUUUACGAUGACGACGGCGACGGUAGAGUGGACCGCGAGGGCAUACUGAGGAUCUCCGAGGCUCUUUUGUUCUUAUCACGGAGAGGCGUCCGAGACUUGAGCUCAUCUUCUACAUCGACUGAUGUGGGCUCAGAGGCAAGCUCGGAUCGAGCCAACCGCGAUGAACAGUUCUUGAGCAGCGUCUCAGCCUUCAUCCGGAGAUGCUUUGAAUAUGCUGACCCAGACCACCUUUCGAACCAGGGUAGUCAAGCUGUAGACGAAGCGAAGGAGGGCAUAGAUAAUUUCGCAAUCGGCGACGAAGACGAGGACGACCUUAUAGACUUUGGCUCCACACCCGCCACACCAAAAGCUACCUCCACCAAAUUCGACAAGAACCCCCUAUCGCCAACACCAUCAAACCACACAACCGAGUCUGACAUCCCAGAACGCAACGAAAAAGCAAAAGCAGCAAAUCUGGCCCUUGACCCCAAUAAACCCCUAUAUAUCACCCUCCCCACCUUCCGCAUGGUCAUCCUGGCCGAUGAAGUACUGGAACACUUCUUCGAAGUAGGCUUCUCAUCUUCCUUCCGCCUUGCCGACGAAACACUCCCCUCAUCAUCGAGCUCCCUAAAUCUCACCACUUUCUCAAAUGCUGGAAGAAGUGCUAGCACAGGAGGGAUGGGUGGCGUUGUGGGCGGUGCCGGUGUCGGUGUUGUACCGCCUGGCAAGGGAAUCAGGGGUAUGCUAGAUAAUAUUGUGCAUGAUGGUAUGAGGGUUGCUGCAGAGGUCAGAAGGAGGUAUGAUGAGGCGCAGAAAGAACUGGAUAAAGAGGCUAAACAUGGGAGGGAGGAUGACGAUGAAGAGGAGGAGGGAGGCAAUGCGAAGGAUGCGGAUUUGCUGGAGGGUGCGGAAACGGCGGGUGUGGACGCGGUGAAGGGUGAUGCGCCGCUUGAACUGUCCUCGUCGGGUGGUGCGAGUGAAGAGGCGAAGACGGGGAGGAGCAGGACAGGGAGUGAUGCCAGUAGGAAGAUAGUGGAGUUUGAGAGGUAGCGCUGGUUUCCGGGAAUGAAUAGCAUCUUUGGAUUCUAGGCAAUUGUUUCGCGGGUGGGCGAAAUCAUCUCAAGACUAUGUAACGGUAUCAUUAGUAUCUGUCACAGUAGCUCUUAAAAUAUUUGAUUCUCAGCUCAGGC